CCACAUUAGGUAAUUCCGUACAUUUUAUUUAAGGAAAUAAUAAAGUACAUUAAUGAUGAAUUUAUUGUUAGUUUAAUAAAAAACUUAUUAUAUAAUUAGAUGGACCAACAUAUUUCUCUAAUGAUUUUAAGAAUCAUCCUAUUAUUGACAUGUGGUUACAAAAAUAAGUUGUACUUCUCAAAUAAUAUACAUAGGAUGAUAGAAGGAUUCUUAAGAUAGUUUGAGUUCCAUUAAGUAUCAGAAAUCCGCUUGCAAGAUUUGUCGUGUCUUUUGGACAAGAUGAAAGAAUGGUAAAACAUGUGACUCAAUCGUAUUUGACACCUAGAAUAUUUUAUAUGUAUUGACUUUAGGUUAUUUAUUUAAUCGCUGACAUGACCGAUAAAUCACCUACCUCCUGCAUACUAAACACCAUGGAUCAUUUCAUAAGCUCCAGAUAUUGUCUCAUAGAAAUUACACAACGAACAUAAAAAAUACAGCUUUAUAUAUAUUAUUUCCAUGGCUUCUUAUUGUUCUUCGUCUGGCUCUAGCUGUUGGAGAUAUGACGUCUUUCCCAGCUUCCGAGGAGAAGAUGUCCGCGGAAAUUUCCUCAGCCACUUGGUCAAAGAGUUUGAAAACAAGGGAAUAAUUACAUUCAAAGAUGAUCUAAUCGAAAGAAGCCAUACAAUCAGCCUGGAGAUCAUAGAAGCCAUAAGAACAUCUAAAUUUUUUGUGGUGUUAUUCUCAGAGAACUAUGCUUCUUCUAGUUGGUGUCUGGAUGAGUUGGUUGAGAUAUUAAAGUGCAAGGAAGAAAAGAGGCUAGAACUGCUACCAAUUUUCUACAAAGUGAAUCCAGCUGAUGUAAGAAACCAGACUGGGCAAUUUGGGGGUGGCUACCGAGAAACUUGUCAAGGGAAGGAUAGUGAGAAACAAACUAAAUGGAAGGCAGCCUUGAUCAAAGCGGCAAAUGUUGCUGGAGAGGCUUCUUAUAACUGGAAAAGUGAAGCAGAUUUUAUCACAAAAAUCGCAAGAGAUAUAUCGGCCAAACUCAAUGCUACGCCAUCAAAGGAUUUUGAAAACGUAACUGGAAUUGAAUCCCAUAUGAGAAAGAUGUUUCCACUUUUAUGUUUAGAAGAUAAUGAAGUUAGGAUGGUAGGGAUUUGGGGUCCUCCAGGUAUAGGUAAGACCACCAUUGCCAGGGUGUUACACAGUCGCCUUUCUAGUGAAUUCCGCUUUACGGUUCUUAUGGAGAACGUUAGGGGAAACUAUCAAAGAACUAUUGACAGUGGCGAAUACAACUUACAAGUACGUUUACAAACAGAGCUUUUGUCCAAAAUAUUUAACCAAAAAGAUUUGAGGGUUAAUCAUUUAGGGACAAUAGAAGAAAGGCUAAAGAGACAAAAAGUCCUCAUUGUUCUUGAUGAUGUGAAUAAGGUAGAGCAGUUAGAAGCCUUGGCUAACGAGAUACAUUGGUUUGGUCCUGGAAGUAGGAUUAUCAUUACCACUGAAGAUAAACAGAUAUUGGUAGGGCAUGGAAUCAACCAUAUAUACGAGGUUAAAUUGCCAUGCAGAAAAACAGCAGUUGAGAUCUUAUGCAUCUAUGCUUUCAAACAAAGUGCACCACCAGAAGGUUUCAUGGACGUGGUGGUUGAAGUAGCAGAGAUCUCUGGUCAUCUUCCUUUGGGUCUCCGUGUCUUAGGUUCUCAUAUGCGCGGAAAGAACAAGGAUCGGUGGAAACUUGAACUAAGAAGACUCACAACUAGUCUUCAUGAAAAGGUGGAGAAAAUGCUAAAAAUUAGCUAUGAUGAGUUACAUGUUAGAGAUAAAGCUCUGUUCCUUCACAUUGCAUGUAUGUUCAAUGGUGAGAAUAUUGAUCUAGUGACGCAACUACUUGUCAAUAGUGACUUAGAUGUGAGUCUUGGGCUCCAAGUCUUGCUUGAUAAAUCUCUCAUUCAAAUAACUGCUGAUAGAGAAAUAGUAAUGCACAAUUUGUUACAAAAACUGGGAAGAGAAGUCGUUAAGCAGCAAUCAAGCGACCCUGGAAAGCGUCAGUUCUUGUUCAAUACAAAGGAGACUUGUAACAUACUUGGGAAUAAUACAGGGUCAGGAAAAAUACUUGGUAUAUCAUUAGAUAUAUCCGAGAUCCAAAAUGAUCUCUCCCUGAGUGAGAGAGUCUUUGAAGACAUGCGCAACCUCAUGUUCCUAAGAUUCUACGACAAGACAAUUGAUGAAAAAACAAGUUUGAAACUGCACCUACCUCGGGGGCUAAACUACUUGCCUACUCUAAGUUUAUUACAUUGGGUUGCAUAUCCAAUGAAGUAUAUUCCUUCUCAGUUUCGUCCAGAAAGUCUUGUGGAACUCCGCAUGAUGCAUAGCCAAGUGGAGAAGCUUUGGGAAGGCACCCAGACCCUUGCAUACCUCAAGACGAUAGAUUUGAGCUUCUCCAAGAACUUGAAAGAAGUUCCUGAUCUUUCAAAGGCUAUAAGUCUUGAGACACUGUGUCUCCAAGGUUGCGAAAGCUUGGUGGACCUUCCUUCCUCUGUCUUAUAUCUUCAGAAACUAAAAUGGUUAAGGACGACUAUGUGUGCAAAGCUAAAAGUUGUACCACCUAACAUCAAUCUGGCAUCUCUGGAGGUUGUUGACAUGGAAGGAUGUUCACAGUUGAAAACUUUUCCGGAUAUCUCAAAGAACAUCGAGACAACCUUUAUGGGAAACACAGGGAUAGAAGAAAUACCUCCAUCAGUUGGUCAAUGGUCUCGCCUCGAAUCGCUUGAUAUAAACAGCUGUAGAAACCUCAAAAUGUUUUCACAUCUUCCCAAGACUUUAGUAUAUCUAUACCUAACUGGUAGUGGUAUUGAAAUGAUCCCAGAUUGCAUCAAAGAUCUUCAGUGGCUGUACUACUUAUACCUCGAUGGUUGCAAAAGACUUGUAUCACUGCCGGAGCUUCCAGGUUCAAUUAAGAUUCUCUCAGCAAACAAUUGUAAAUCACUUGAGAAAAUAUCUUCAUCUUUCAACAGUCCAAAAGCAAGAGUAGAAUUUAGCAAAUGUUUGAGUCUAGAUGGAGAAGCACGGAGAGCAAUUAUGCAACAAUGGAUUUACAAGAGAGCAUGUUUACCUGGCCGAGAAGUUCCUCCGGAAUUCAAUCACCGUGCGAGAGGAGAUUUCUUGACCGUCAAUCUUGGAGAUGUUGCAGCUUCUGGAUUUAAGGCUUGCCUCUUGCUUUUGCCAAGCGGGAGUAACAAAGUUUGCACUGUAUAUUGUCAUCUCAUAGGUAAGGAAGGUCGCCUCAUUGCAAAACAUAGAUUUGGGGGAGUUUUCAAGGACUUUGUCGCAGCGCAUCUGUUUAUAUUUUACUCUGUCUUACUUGAACAAGUGGACGUGAUACGGUUUGAAUUCAGCAGCAUACACUACGAGAUUACUGAAUGUGGUGUACAAAUAUUGACUGAUGCUUCAUAGAGUAGCAGCAAUGGAUCAGGGUUACCAUUAAGUCAUUACCAAACUAAAGAGCGACGAAUCAUAUGUGAGGCCUUGAUGUCUCUUGGGCCAUCCUGGGCUAGCUACUGGGCUUCGUACAAGACCUGAAAAAAUAAGGAAAUUGGAUUAGUUUCAUCAUUAUCCAAGAAGUUUAUAAAUCUUUAUAAACUUAGGAUAAACAUGUUAUUCCUUUUACAACAAGGAAUCACAUUAGAUAAUCUUGUAUAAUAGAGGUCUAGACUCUCAUUGUUAGACACAACAACAAAACAUAUAAUCUCUCAUAGAACACACAACUAGUGCGAGGCUUGUAAUCUUUUCGAUUCAUAGUGAUAUAGAGUUUGUCUCCGGUUUGGAGAGAACUCGCCAAACAUAUUGGUGUGUCGAUUCAUGUGUUACAAGAAUAGCCAAGGUCGAUUCUCUACAAGUGGCAUCAGAGCUUAGACUAACAGAGAUCCAAGUUAUAGAGAUUCGAAGCCAAGGUUCAAUAAACAAGCAAGGAGAAUUCUUAUCUGGUUUGGUGAAGAAUACUCUGCUCGUUGGUAUUGAAGCUUGACGGUCACGGCGUGUUACAGCAACCUGCAAACAAAGAAACAAAGUUUACGGGUUAAUAAAGGAUGAAAGCAACUUCAAGGAAAUUUGAAGUGGAGAAAUUCGAUGGGAAGGAUAACUUUGGUCUAUGGAAGUAUAAGAUGCUAUGUCAGCUUGAGAUAGUAGAUUUAGGUUCUGUUCUUAAGGAGGAAACUCCUUCUACGGAUGUUGAAGGUGAAGAACAGAAGGAUACUAAACCUGAUCCUAAGGAGCAAGACCGGAAGCUGCGUACAAAGA